UAGUUGAACCGUCCCGCAGUGAGUGCGGCCUAACAUUUUUAAUCCGGUUCCGAGCGCCCGCGCAUCACUCGACAGCCCGCGCUCGCCGCCCGCGCCAGUGCCCCACGGAUUGCAAUUAUAAUUAUUACAAUUAAUUAACUGGACUGAAAAUGUACAAGUCAAUCGUUAUACUGUGUGCUUUGUACUGUGUUGUCAUUGAAGCCCGACCGAAAUGGCAGUUCCUUCCGCCAGUGCCAGGCUACGUGCCGGUCUACAUCAGAGCUGGAGACACUCCUCUUGAAGAAAUAAACCCUGAUCUAGCUGAGGCCUUCCACGCUUUACCCGCUGGGCGUAGCGCCGGCAAACAGCUGGAGGCCUCCCCAGAGAUCCCUGAGCAACCCCAAGGCGACCAACCAGCUCCAGAAGAACCCAGCAACGAAGACCCACAGCCAGAGAAAUCCCAGGACAUCCCAGAACCAUCAGACAUCAUCGACCGUCGCCCAUACGAGAAGAAAAUCCUAGAGAAGAAAAAGAAGGCGACUGCAGAUGUCCCAAAACCUGUUGAACGUAGAUAGAUCGUACCUUACUUGUAAUGUUACUGUACUUAUUGAUAAGAUAGUGUUAAGAGACGGUGUAGCCGCUUGAUUCAGGCAAGGAGUUUGUUUGAGUGCUUUCUUGAUCUUUUAUGUACUUGUACAACCCGCGUAUUUCUUAAUGCGUCUUGAAUAUACUUGAAUUUUACAGGGUAUAUAAAAAAUCGACAGUUAUAUAAAUUUUGACUUUCUACAAGUUAAAUGUCUACGUAUAGCAAAAAUAUGCAUGUACAGAAAUACUGCACUAUUUUCUUAGACACCUUUAUGUAUAUCAGUCGCGACCCAUUCAUAACUGCGCGAGUUAUAGGUUCUUCUUCUUCCAAAUAAGAAGUUAUUGUACUGUACUAAGUGAUUGACUCGGUACGUCAACGAGCUUGAAUUAAGCGGCUAAUCCGUCUCAGGGGUCUACUCUGCAAACUAUGUCCGUAUUUUCUUGUCUAUUCAUCCCUCUCACUCGUAUUAAAAUACUAGCACGUGCGAGUGUACCAGACAGA